AUGUAUCGAGAAGAAUUAGAAAAGCAACGAUUAAUGCAAAGACAUGAAAAACAUGUGAAAAAUAGGGUAAUCGAUAAUGUAAUAACUGAUGUUACAUAUGCAGGACAAGGAAAAACAUACCUCAGGAAAAAUGAAGCUGCGUUCGAGGAUUACAAAAUGAGAGAGAAGGGAAAACUCAAAGAUCUUAUCAAAAUUGAAAAUAAGCGGAAGGAUAACCUAGAAAGAAACGAAAAAAGAUGGGAAAUGGCAGAACUAAAUGCACAAAAAGAAAAAGAAAAAACCUGUGCUCUCCAAAAAAUGCCAUUCAAAAGCGAAAAGAAUAAAACUAAGUGCCAACACGACAUCAUUAAUCACGGAUAUCUCAACUAUGAAGAAUCCAUGAAACUAGAAAUGAAAAAAAACAUGUGUUUGAGCAACAGGAGAAAUUACCUGUCCCAAAAGAUAAGCGGGUCGUACAAUCCCAUCACUGGUUCGUUCUCUUUUCAUUUAUGCUUCAACACAUGUCUCACUUUGCAAACAUCUAAAUUUUUAUGUCUCCUUUUGUUUUCAUUCCAUCAUUGCUACGCUGUCAUUUUUUCCAUAAUUUGA